AUGGCUGCCUCAUCAGAAACUCCUUCUGGUGCUGAUCAAUUUGCAACAUCGGGGCUUCUUGGCAUCAAGGCUAACCAAAAUCUGAUUUUGGAUCUCGAUCCGUCAAAGUAUGACACCUUUCUACAACCACUGAUAGAAUGCUUGAGACGCUCUCCAUUGGUUGAUGCAAUCACAAAGUCCGUACAUGUUCUUGUUCAUCUAUCAAAAGCUUUUUUGACUGUUCAUUAUGAAGAGGGUAGUGCUACCAUGAUUUUCGAGGUUGGUAAUCAACAAUCGACCAUCACCAAGUCUCAAUUUAGCCGUUUAUUUGGGCUUUCAUCUACAAGAGAUUUGAUUGAUUCUGAAUCCAUCCCUUCUUCUUCCAUUCUGGAGAUGUUCUACCAGAUGCGCUACAAAGAUUAUCUCAUAAUUCUAUUAAAGUUCAAAAAGCCCAAUCUACCUCCCAUGUGGAAUGGAUUUUUUACCCUAAUUUUCAAGAGUUUCUCGGAGAGGCAUCUGGCAGAGAAAUUGAAGCCUAUCUUCUCCAUGCUCGACAGAAUUCAAGGUGUUUUGGAAUCUUCUAUUCCAAAACAAGGGGGAGAACCGGCAAAAACUUCUGCUGCUAGUAAAGGAACUGAAGGUAAAGAUGAACAUGAGAAAAAACCCAAAUCUAAUAAUCCAAAGGGUAAUGAAGCUUCAGCAUCAAAAGGGAAAGAGAAGAUGGCUCUACGAGGGUACUCGCCAUGUAAGGCAGUGUACGCCCCACGUACUGAUUCAACCACUCCUAUGGUGGUCAAGGCAAGGCGAAGUACACCCAGAGUAUCGAAGGAGUAUGCCUCACGUAUGCCUUCUGUUUGGAUUUUGGACUAUAGGCUUCGGGUAUUGACCCAUCUGUUAGGCUUUGAUGCUUGGGCCCUAAUGGACUAUUUGGAUAAGUGUGUUUUGGGCUAA